CAUAUCCUUUUUGUUAAAUAGAAUACAGAAAUAAAAAACAAUCAUUCAAGAAAAAUGUCAGCUAGUGUCAUUGGCGCUGCAUUCCGUUCAUCCAGGCCAUAUGAAUGUUACCUUUUCGUGAAAGAAAGGUAUGUCAUUUUAAAUUAUCAUAAUAAAGAACUUAUCAGUGGUCCAGUUGAUAUUGAAGCAGGGUUUCCAAUGUUUUCCAAAACGAUAUUUAAAAGGGGGGUAGAUUCUUCAUUUGAAACCGAAGGCAAUGUUGCAUACUUUUUCUAUAAAAGUAAAUGCGUCAAAACGGAUUAUGCUCCACGUUCUGGUCCUGCAGCUGCCAGAAUAGUUAUAGGUCCUGUUGAAAUUGUUGAGAUGUUUCCUUCUCUCGAGGCAACCCCGUUUGCAAAUGGAAUAGAUGCGGCAUUGAAGUACAACGGUUCGAGCCAAAUUGCUUUAUUCAAAGGAAAUAUGUGCGGUGUUUUAGACUAUAACUCCAAUUAUGUUUACAAUGUUGUAAACAUUACCUCUAUUUACCCGGCAUUUGUCAAUACAGUCUUUCAAGAGGGUAUUGAUGCAGCUUUUACUUCUUAUAGUGGGAGUGAAAUUUUCAUUUUCAAAGGCGAUCAAUAUGCACGUAUUAAUCUUGCCGGUCAAUUUAUUGGUCGUAUCAAACCAAUCAGUGAUGAUUGGCUGACUCUUCGUGGCAUAAUAUAAUACUAUCAUGCAUCACUUCUAGAACAAAUGAAAUAGUGACAAAGAUAUGUCGUAGGCUGACACUUGGUUGUUUGCCCCAUAUAUCUUGUGUUUUUUUUAGACGAUCAUGUCUUUGUUGUAUUGUUAUUUUAAUUUUAAUGUUUGAUUUCAACAAAUUAUUGUAAGAUGUGUGCGUUGUUGUUUUGUACCUUUCUUCAUGUGAUGAUUUAAUAAAUAUCCGAUCUCUAUCUACUUUAUUGUGAUUUUAAUGUUUGCUUUCAACAAAUCAAUGUACAAGGUGUGUGUUGUUGUUUGGUUCCUUUCUUAAUGUAAUGAUUUAAUAAAUAUCCGAUCUCUAUCUACUUUAUUGUGAUUUUAAUGUUUGCUUUCAACAAAUCAAUGUACAAGGUGUGUGUUGUUGUUUGGUUCCUUUCUUAAUGUAAUGAUUUAAUAAAUAUCCGAUCUCUAUCUA